GUGACGGCGCUGCUGGUGGUCGAGAUCGGGCUGGACUUCGCCCUGCCGGUGCUGCCGGCCGCCCUGGCGAUCGCCGCCUCCGGCCUGCUCAACCUCUUCGCCGCGAUCGGCCAUCGCGGCACGGUCUGGCUCGACGACCGCCGCGCCGGCCUCUACCUCGCCUUCGACCUGGCGCAGCUCGCCGUGCUGCUGGGCAUCACCGGCGGGUUGAACAAUCCCUUCGUGGUGCUGCUGCUGGCGCCGGUGGUGGUCUCGGCCGCCACGCUGUCGCGCCGGGUGACCGUGCUGCUGACCGGCUUCGCGCUGGCCUGCGUGACCGCGCUGGGCCUUUGGGCGCUGCCGCUGCCCUGGCGCGAGACCGGCUUUCUGCUGCCCGACAUCUACCGCGCCGGCAUCUGGGUGGCGAUCAGCCUGGCGGUCUGCUUCCUCGCGCUCUACGUCUCCUCCCUGGCCAAGGAAUCGCGGCAGAUGGCCGACGCGCUGGCGGCCACCCAGAUGGCGCUGGCGCGCGAGCAGCGCCUCAGCGCGCUGGGCGCCCUGGCGGCGGCGGCGGCGCACGAGCUGGGCAGCCCGCUGGCGACCAUCGCCGUGGUGGCCCGCGAGAUCGAGCGCGAGCUGCCCGGCGACCUGCCGGCCGACAGCGCCCUGCGUAGCGACAUCCAGCUCCUGCGCGAGGAGACGGCGCGCUGCCGCGACAUCCUCGCCGAGUUGGCGCGCCGCCCCGACGAAGGCGGGCGCGGGCCGGGCGACCCGCUGAACCGCAUUCCGCUGUCGGCGCUGGUCGAGGCCGCCGCCGCCCCCUUCCAGCGCGACGGCAUCGCCUUCGAGGUGGUGCUCAGCCCGCCCGACGCGGAGAGCGACGAGCCGCAGGUGCCGCGCUGGCCGGAGGCGCUGCACGGCCUGGGCACGCUGAUUCAGAACGCCCUGCAGUUCGCCCGCAGCCGCGUCGAGGCGGAGAUCGCCUGGGACCAGGAUCGUGUCAUCCUGCGGCUGCUCGACGACGGCCCGGGCUUCGACGAGGCGGUGUUGGGCACGCUGGGCGAUCCCUAUAUCUCCACCGGACCGCGCGGGCGCAGCAGCGACGCCGCCAGCGGCCGGCCCGGCGAGACGCCUGCGGAAAAGCACAUGGGGCUGGGCAUCUUCAUCGCGCAGACCCUGCUGGAGCGCACCGGCGCCGACCUGCGCUUCGGCAACCGCCCGCGCGCAGCGGGCCGCCGCGGGGCAGAGGUUGUCGUUCUCUGGCCGGGAAACAUGAGCGUGCAGACCGUCAUGACAACGGACAGCGGCGCCGAGGCCGAGGGCCCGACGCAGGAGGAGAUCGAGCGCAAGCUGGCGGCCCUGGCCGACCGCAGCCUGCUGAUCGUCGACGACGACGAGCGGCUGUGCAAGCGCCUGGCGCAGGCCAUGGAGCGGCGCGGCUUCGCGGUCGAGACGGCGACCAGCGUGCGCGAGGGCCGGGCGCGGGUGAGCGAGCGUCCGCCGGCCUUCGCGGUGGUCGACCUGCGGCUCGACGACGGCAGCGGCCUCGACGUGGUGACCCAACUGCACGAGACGCGCGGCGACUCCCGCGUCAUCGUGCUGACCGGCUACGGCAACAUCGCCACCGCCGUGGCCGCGGUGAAGGCGGGCGCCACCGACUACCUGCCCAAGCCGGCCGACGCCGACCAGGUGCUGGCCGCGCUGCUGGCCGAGGAGGGCGACCUGCCGCCGCCGCCCGAGCACCCCAUGUCGGCCGACCGGGUGCGCUGGGAGCACAUCCAGCGGGUCUACGAGCAGUGCGACCGCAACCCCGUCCGGGCCCGCCGACGGCUCGGCCGCGCCCCGGCGCGGUUCCGGCCCGGCGCGGAUUCUGAGAGACUGCCGGCCAUGGCCGCUGCCGACCGCGAUUGCGACGAGUCGCUC